AUGCUUUACCAAUAAUUAACAGCUCUCUCUAUAUAUAUAUAUAUGGACGAUUCUGCAUGUAUUUUUCUUGUCAAUUAUAUAGCAACAUCAACCUGCAGAUAUAGAAAACACGUCUCUUUUGUUCAUUCGAUCUCAUACGCUCAUCUAUGGCUAAUAUUACUGGAAAGAGAACACGCUCCCAAGAUCAUGUAGUUGAAGAGUUCGUACCUUCUGCUGCUUGGACAGAGGACUCUCAUAGCCAUUAUCUCCUUGUCGAUCUUCCUGAUUUUAGGAAGGAGGAAGUGAAGCUUCAAGUUGAUACUAGGUCAGGUCAGAUAACAGUGAGUGGAGAAAGGCUAGCCAACAACAACAAAUAUAUAUAUUUCGAGAAGAAAUUUAAAGCACCGGAAAAUUCAGAUAUCGACAAGAUCACCGGAAAAUUUGACGGAGAUAUUCUCUAUGUAAAUCUUCCAAAGCAAGUACAGAGGAAAGAACCAAAGAAUGAGAGGGAAAAUAAUAAUAUUGAGGGUGGCGUUAAGAAAGAUAGUGAGCAAGAAAAGCCUUCAGAAGCCCGUGAGAGGUCAAGCGAAAAAAUGAAUGAAGAAGAAGAGAGAAAAAAGAAGGAAGAGAGCAAGAAAGGUUCCAGCGUAGAUGAAUUUGGAAGAGAGACUAUAGAAAAAUGGGGAGCAGAUCAGAGUUCGGAUUCGGUAGUAGAGAAGGCAAUGGGGAUUCUCAUGAAGAAUAAGAGUAUUUUGCUGACUGCAGUGCUUGCAUUUUCUCUGGGGAUUUUAGUAUCUCGUAAAUUUGAUUCAACUCGAGAUUGAGCAAAUAAUUGCCAUAUUCUACAUAGGUUUUCCAUAUUUAUUUCACAGCAUAUUAAACAAUAAAACUUUGGUUAUAAUGUAUAAUUUAAUAUUUAUAAUUCGAAUUUGUCACUAAUUUUAAUAUAAUGUUUCAA